AUGGAAGCUACUGUAGUUUGCAUUGACAACAGCGAAUGGACCAGGAAUGGAGACUAUGCACCAACAAGAUUCCAAGCCCAGGCUGAUGCUGUCAAUCUUUUAGCGGGCGCCAAGACCGAGGCGAAUCCCGAAAAUACUGUUGGUGUGCUGACAAUGGCCGGCAAGUCACCGCGUGUGCUUGUCACGCCUACACCUGACCUGGGCAAGAUCCUUAACUCGAUGCAGAACCUGGAUAUUGAAGGGCAGGCAAACCUGUCCAGCGCGGUGCAGAUAGCGCAGCUGGCCUUGAAGCAUCGACAGAACAAAAACCAGCGGCAGAGAAUAGUCAUCUUCAUUGGGAGCCCAAUCGCUGAGGACAAGGACAAGCUGGUCAAGGUGGCCAAGAAGCUGAAGAAGAACAACGUGGCGGUAGAUGUGGUGGCGUUUGGAAGUGAGGAGACCAACGGCGAGAAGCUCGAGAGCUUCAUCGCGGCAGUCAACUCGGGAGACAACUCGCACCUCAUCACCGUGCCAGCGGGGACCAUCCUGUCGGACAUGCUGUUCGGCUCGCCCAUCUUCCAGAUAGACGGCGGGGCCGGCUACGGCGCAGCUCCCGGCGGGGAGGGUGCGGCUGGCGGGGAUGCGUUCGAGUUUGGAGUGGACCCCAACAUGGACCCAGAGCUGGCCAUGGCUCUGCGCGUCUCCAUGCAGGAGGAGCGCGCGCGCCAGGAGGCUGCCACUGCUGCCGCUGCCGCCGCGGAGGGCACCGCCGGGGAGGCAGGUGUGCACAGUGCAUCGUACUUUGCUCUUACGACAUUCACGUCCUUCAUGCGCAAGCAAUCCAAUAUAUGCAGUGUGAAGGGCAGGGCAUUUUGUCGAUGUGUGACAGUGCUAUGA